AUGGUGCGGAAACCGGGUCUUUUCCUGCCGUUGCUGCUGCUGCUGCUCGGCCCAGCCCCGGCGCGCAGCAUCGGCCAGCUGCCCUUGAUCCUCAACACUUGGCCUUUCAGGAAUGCAACCGUGGCAGCGUGGAAGACAUUGGCGGCCGGAGGGUCGGCCCUGGACGCGGUUGAGAGCGGCUGCGCGACCUGCGAGCAGCAGCAGUGCGACGGCAGCGUGGGCUUCGGGGGCAGCCCGGACGAGUCGGCGGAGACCACGCUGGACGCCAUGAUCAUGGACGGCACUACCAUGAAUGUGGGAGCAGUGGGAGAUCUCAGACGAAUUAAAAACGCCAUUGGCGUGGCCCGCAAAGUUCUGGAACACACGACACACACGCUGUUAGCAGGAGAGGCGGCCACCAAGUUUGCCGAAAGCAUGGGCUUUAUCAAUGAGGAUUUAUCCACCAACGUUUCUCAGGCUCUUCAUUCAGACUGGCUUGCUCGGAAUUGCCAACCAAAUUACUGGAAGAAUGUUAUACCAGAUUCUUCAAAAUACUGUGGACCCUACAAACCACCUGCUAUCUUAAAACGAGAUGGUAUCACCUACGAAGAUACAGCACACAGUUACAGUCAUGAUACUAUUGGCAUGAUCGUCAUCCAUAAGAUGGGAAAUAUUGCUGCUGGUACAUCUACAAAUGGUAUAAAAUUCAAAAUACCUGGCCGAAUAGGAGACUCACCGAUACCUGGGUCUGGGGCCUACGCCGACGACAUGGUGGGGGCCGCAGCAGCCACGGGCGACGGAGACAUCCUGAUGCGCUUCGUCCCAAGCUAUCAAGCUGUAGAAUAUAUGAGAAGAGGAGAAAAUCCAACCACAGCAUGUGAAAAAGUGAUCUCAAGAAUCCAGAAGUAUUUUCCCAACUUCUUUGGGGCUGUGAUAUGUGCCAACGUGACCGGAAGUUAUGGUGCUGCUUGCAAUAAACUUUCAACAUUUACUCAGUUUCAUUUCAUGGUUUAUAAUCCUCUGAAAAGUGAGCCAACUGAGGAAAAAGUAGACUGCAUCUAA